CGGCGUUCCCACUCUAUAUAUAGAUACUUUACUCAGGUAGAGAUCUGCUUAGGUAGCUGUACAUUGUUAAUGUAAUGCACCAGCUAGACUUCGUUAACUGGACGGAGCAGGGUAUGGGGGCGGGUGUUGAUUCAGUAAGUUGGACACUAAGGGAUAACACUAUCAUUAUAUUAAAACUGCAUGCCAGUUGUGAACCUAGAUAACUAAUACAAAUUGUGUAUGUCAUAGGACCUGAAUUCUUAUACACUGUGUACUGGAUCAGCACAAACCCACAUCCUCUCUACGUGAAUUGCAAGAGAAAGGAGACAAAAUUAAAGAGAGAAAUAAAAUGACUUUUGAAGCUAUUUGCACAUUAAAGAUUGGGAACUCAAAUUCAAUAGCUGGGCUAGGGGUUACUACAGCAACACGUCAGUGCCAGCACCAUACACUGAGCACAAGAUAGACCAAUCAGGAUACAAUAUUACUGCAAUAGACACACAAUAGUAAUGGGUUGUCAAUACUAUAGAAGUAAUAUUAUCAAUGUUUCCUAUUGAAUGACUAUAAGAUUUCUAAAGAGAGUUUAAACUCUUGAUAACCCCCCUUCCGUUCGGAUGUGGCAGCCCUACUCAGCAAAAUAUUUCUUUAGCUUGACAUUAAAUGAUGACUAAAUACACACGCGGAGAUUCUGAAUCUACAGAUAUGGAUGGAAAGAAAUGUCCAAUGCAAACGAAGGAGGACACCCCUCCCACUGAAGACUGCAAGGACCAGGGGAAGAUUGAUGACACGCGCUUGGAACCCCCAGACACUGAGACCCAGGGGACAGAUCCAGAGGAUUCUGAUCCAAUGAACGAAACUAUCGUGCUCCACCUGUACCCCAUGCACCAGUCUUGCCUUGACCAGGAUCAGCUCACUGGCCUGGGCAACGGCUUGGAGGAUUCCUCGGACCCCAGGAGAAGCGAGGGUCUCAACAAACACUCGACCACCCUCACCAACCGGCAACGCGGCAACGAAGCCACGGCACCACCUGCCACCCUUGACUCUCUUUCAGUACACCAACUGGCAGCUCAAGGAGAAAUCGCCAAGCUGGAUGAGCACAUCUGCAAGGAUGACUCACUGCUCAGCAAACAGGAUGAACGGGGCUUCACCCCUCUCAUGUGGGCUGCUGCGUUUGGGGAGGUUGCAACGGUCACCUACCUGCUGGAAAAGGGUGCUGAUCCCAGAGUUCUAGCUCGGGAGCGUGAGAGCGCCCUGUCCCUAGCCAGCUCUGGGGGUUACACAGACAUCGUCAACACUCUGCUCAAACACCACGUGGAGAUCAACACUUACGACUGGAAUGGAGGAACUCCUCUUCUCUAUGCGGUGCGUGGGAACCAUGUGAAGUGUGUAGAGUCUCUGCUGGGCCGGGGAGCAGACCUGACCAUGGAGGCAGACUCCGGAUACAGCCCCAUGGAUUUAGCUGUGGCUCUGGGACACAAGAAGGUCCAACAGGCUAUUGAAACUCACAUCCUCAAUUUACUCAAGAGGAAAGAAUAGCGCAGAGGGGAAGUCUUUGCAGAGAACGCAUGCAAGAUUCUGGUGUGGUCUACAGACAGUACCCAAAGACUUUGAUAUGUUUGGUAUGUCUACCUUGUUUGUGAUGCAAAGGGGGGUACUCUGAGACGAAUUGCUCCCUCACUGUGAUGCGGACUGCGGGCAGACUUUCGCGAAAGGCUUAGUCUACCCACAGGGUCAGCGACCGGCACCGCCUUCCUUCUUCGCAAUGCACUUUUGAAGCACCCUUGAGUUUUUCAAUCAGGAGCCUUUUUUAAAAAUAACUCGAGUGAAGAGUGAUGCCUUAAACACGCACAUGACUUUCUGAAAUGAGAUUUGAAACAGACUUUAAAGUUGUACGUGUAAAAAGUUGUCAGGAUGUUAACAAUGAAAAGAAAAAAGUAUAGAUCUGUUAUUAAUGCUA